CCUAUUGAAUGCUCUCAACUUUUUGACUCUUUCACUAUAAUAACUAUACCUUCAUUUCUAUAUAUGCAGAUAAAAAACCUUAGCCCUUAGACCCUUGUUUCUGCUUUUUCCAAGAAGAGAAGAAAAAGUUGGAAUCCAUAGAAACAAGUCAUCUUCAAAAAAAGUGGGGAAAAAAAGAAGAAGCUAUCAUAUAUAGAAUAUAUAGAAGGACAAAUUGCAAAAAAGAGUUACUUUUUACUAGAAUACUGUGUUGAGAUGGGUAGACUCCCUUGCUGUGAUAAAGUAGGGGUGAAGAAAGGACCAUGGACUCCUGAAGAAGAUAUAAUGUUGGUCUCUUAUGUGCAAGAACAUGGUCCAGGGAAUUGGAGGGCAGUUCCCACAAAGACAGGAUUGCGCAGGUGUAGCAAGAGUUGCAGGUUAAGAUGGACAAACUACCUGAGGCCAGGGAUAAAGAGAGGUAACUUCACAGAUCAAGAAGAGAAGAUGAUUAUCCAGCUCCAAGCUCUUUUAGGCAACAAAUGGGCUGCAAUUGCUUCAUAUCUACCGGAGAGAACUGAUAACGACAUUAAAAACUACUGGAAUACUCAUCUAAAGAGAAAGCUGAAAAAGCUUCAAGAUCAAUGCUCUGGAUCAGAUGAUCUAUUCUCUGUAGAAAAUGGUACUCAUUUAUCAUCUUCAAAUUCCACUUCUAGAGGACAAUGGGAAAGGACACUUCAAGCUGAUAUAAACAUGGCUAAAAAGGCUUUACAUAAUGCAUUGACACUAGAUAACUCAACAAGCCCACAAAUUAAACAAGAAAAUCCACAAGUUUCUACCUAUGCAUCAAGUACUGAGAAUAUAGCCAGAUUGCUACAAGGGUGGAUGAGAUCAAGUUCUACCACAAACAAUUCUGAGAAUUCAAAAACUUCAUCUAACAACAUUGCUACAACUGAUUCAUCUUCAUGUGAUGGGACUCCAAGUGCUGAAAGCAAAGGUGGAAUGGGGUUGAUGGAAGCAUUCGAGGCACUUUUUGGUUUGGAGUCAUUUGAAUCAUCAAGUUCAGACCAGUUCUCUCAAACAGCAUCCCCUCAGGCUCAGGCUAAAAAUAUUGAAAUCAAGAAGGAAGAAAAUGAACACGUGGAAGUGCCAGUGCCACUAUCAGUCAUAUUAGAGAAUUGGCUACUUGAUGAAAAUACCCUCAAUAUUCAACCCAAAGACGAUUUGACUAACUUCUCCUUUGAUGAAACUGCUAACCUGUUCUAGAAGUUUUUUUUUUUUUUUUUUUUAAUAUGUUAAAUUCUUUUGAGGAAUUUCUGAAAAACUUGGAUGCUCCAUCUCUCUUUUUUAUGCACAAUUACUUCAACUUUUUCGAGGCAUAGCUGUGGCAGCAUCCCCAUUUUGUGUUAUCUGAUGUGGCGAUUUUAACAAGUGUACAUUUAGUCCAUUAUUCUUACAUUCAUGACUAGCUCAGCCAAGAUUUCUAGAGUUGUUUUACCGUGACUAAGUUGUAUUGUUUUUAAAUUUCAUUUCAAUGGAUUUAACUCAUACACCUCUGGUAAA